AUGGAGAAUUAUGUGCAAAAAGCUUGGGCUCAAAAAGCUAUUCCUGAUGUUUGUCUCCUUAGAGCUGGUUUUUUCCUCUUUAAUUUCAAAAACAAAGAGGAUAUGAAUGAAAUUCUCAUGUCUGGUCCCUGGUUUUUUGGCUCCAGGCCACUGCUUUUGAAACCUUGGACAGUUGGUGAUGAUUUAGAAAAAGUCAGUGAAUGCCUCUACCCUAUGUGGAUCCAAUUGCCUGCAUUAAAGCUAAACCUUUGGAAUGAAAAGGGAAUUAGCAAAAUUACUAGUGUCAUAGGGCGGCCUAUCACUACAGACAAAUUAACAGCUAAUAGACAAAGGCUUGCCUAUGCUAGAGUGCUCUUGGAAGUUAAAAUGCCAGCCCCUUUGCCUGAUCAGAUUCUAAUUCAAGGGCCAAAUGGAAAACAAUAUAACCAAAAGGUUAUCUAUGAAUUGAAGCCAAGAUGGUGUGAUUAUUGCAAACAAGUGGGGCAUGAUUCUAAAGUCUGUAGGAGGCACUCUGUUACUCAAAAAUGGAUUCCAAAGAUAAAUUUAAAUCAUCCAGUAACCAAUGCUGGUAAUUUGAAUAAACAGGAUAAUAGCUGCCCUCAUGAUCAAACUAUGCUGGGAAAUUUUGAGAAGGAAAAGCAAGUAAUGGUAGAUGAGAAUUUACCACAAUCAUCUCCUGUUUCUCACUGUUCUGUGCAUGAUGUGCACCUCAAGGAGAGUAGCACAAAUUAUAAAGCCUAUGAAUUCCUAUUCUCCUCUGACCCAUUUGGAUGGUGGUGCUGA